AUGGGUGCGACACAGAGUUCGAUUCAGAGACCUUCUCCCCUUCCCGCCAUGUCAAAGAUGUCUGUUCCUUUGGAGGUCCUGGAAGAGAUCUUCUUGAAUCUUCCCCCUGAGCAGGUGGUCCGGAUUUGUCGCUUAGUAUGCCGUCAAUGGAAAGACAUCGCUGACAGCCAGUCUUUAUGGAAGGACAGAUGCAGGCGGGAAGGCUAUCACCUCCAUGAUACUUCGAAGGUACCCAAAGACUGGAGGUUAUUUUACUUCAUGUGCAAGAAGAGACGGAAUCUUCUCAAGAACCCACAAGCGGAAGAUCAAAUGACAGGUUGGCAACUAUUGGAUAACAAUGGUGACCAAUGGAAAGUAGAACCGGUCAUGGUGGCCCAUCCAAAUGAAAGCGUCCAGAAAAACUUUGUGACAUCAUUUGACAUAUGCAGGAAGUCCCAGCUGAUAGAUUUAGAGAUGGAAGGUUACAACGCAUCAUUUAUGGAUCACUUACAGCCGCACAUCAAAAUAUCAGAUUGGUACGCCCCCCGGACGGACUGUGGUUGUCAAUAUAAGAUCCACGUGGAGCUUCUUAAUCAAAAGAAGAAGCCAAUUAAGAUCUUUUCGCCUAAAGAGAUUUAUUUUGAGCAAUGGAAUGACGGUAAAUGGAAUCAGAUAACACACGUGUUUCAGAACUAUGGGCCAGGAGUGAGAUACAUCCGCUUUGUCCAUGGAGGGCAGGACACGCAGUUCUGGGCGGGAUGGUAUGGAAUUCGCCUGACGGACAGUUGUGUCGAGAUUUGUCCCGCGAUGGACACAUAG